AUGGAUUCCCUCAAGCACGCUGCCGACACGGCCGUCAAGGCCGAGAAGAGCUUGGAAAACCGCCUCACGUAUCUCUGGCACGAGAUCGAAGCAUGGCAACAAGACAACCACUACAUCCAAAGCGGAUACCGUCCGGCCUCCAACUCAUAUUUGAAAUCUGCAAAGAGUUUAACUUACUUGCACAAUGAGUCCGUCAACGUCUACUCCCAUUUGCUGGGCGCCAUUGUGGCCAUUGUGGGAAGCUUCCUGCUCUACGACGUCUUGGAGCCGCGAUAUGAGACGGCCACGCACGAGGACGUUGUCAUGUUUGGGUGCUUCUUUGCCGGGGCUACCAUAUGCCUGGGAAUGAGUGCCACCUUCCACCUGUUCAGCAACCAUUCCCCUCUGGUCCAGAGCUUCGGCAACAAGCUGGACUACGUGGGCAUCGUGUUCCUGAUAUGGGGAAGCUUCAUCCCGAGCGUCUACUAUGGGCUCAUGGAGCAUCCGAGUUCGGUCAGAUUCUACUGGAUCAUGAUCACGACGAAUAGUAUUGCCUGUGGAAUUGCAGCCGUGUCCGACAAGUUCCGCACACCGUCUUUCCGUCCCAUCCGCGCUGCCAUGUUCGUGGGCUUAGGACUAUCGGCGGUCUUCCCGGUCAUGAGCGGUCUGAAGCUAUACGGCCUCCACGCCCUGAACGAACGCAUCGCCCUGUCGUGGCUCGUGGUCCAUGGUGCGCUGUACAUAAUAGGCGCUGCGAUCUAUGCUGCCCGAGUGCCCGAGAGGUUCUCGCCCGGGCGAUUCGAUAUUUGGGGGAGUUCUCAUCAGAUCUUCCACGUGCUAGUGCUGUGUGCGGCAGCGACGCAUCUCGUCGGGCUAAUCAAGGCUUUUGACUUUCAGCACAGUCAGCCGUACAUUUUGGAGCGCACGAAGAUGUUGCCCCUGCCGACUCAGUAG